AUGAAGACAGACAGUCGCUACACCAUGGGGCUUGGAGUCUUCUUCUUCAUCUGCCUCGGAUUGGUUCUUGUCGCACCGAAGGCAUCCCGCGCCGACAGCCUUGGUCCGAGCAGUACAGACACAAGCACCGAGAAUGUCUGCGAUCCGAAGGUGUACACAGGGGAGAAAAAGUGGCUUGACUUGGAAGUCAAACCUGAGAUGGACAACAUUUCGUUCAAGUGCGCGGCCGCUUUGAAAACACUGAAGCCAGAAGAAGACUACGUGUUCCAGACCGAAAAAUGCGACCAGAAGCAGGCCCUGACAGAGGCGUGCCCGGGUGCGAAACUCGAUCGGAAACAGGCUGCACAGGACACGUACAGCCUGACCCUGAGCACGAAGCCGACCCAAGACAAGGUCCUCUACUACAAGUGUGAAGCAACGCCAUCUCGAGCGAAGGGCGGGGAAGAACUUGUUGCCGGGAAGGAAUGCAUCGUCAAGAUAACAGUGAAGGGGGUCGGUCCUGCGACAGUCGUCCCCGCCGCACACAUCUGCGUCCCGAAGGAAACGGGAAAAGACUCCAGAAACGUUAAGGAGUUGACACUGGAGGGGGACAAGCAGAGCAUCGAUUUCAGUUGCGGCAAACAGGCAAACACACAGCUCACUCCUGCGGCGAAUCUGAAUAAGUUUUGCGCGGAUGAGGGCUGCCAGGACCAGAAGGAUCUCUCCACGGUGUGGUCUGAUGCGGCGUUGACAGAGUCGACGGCAGGCGAUGCGACGAGUUACACGCUUAGCGUCAAGUCGGAGCGGUCCGAGGACAAGAGUAUCUACUACAAGUGCAGCGCUCCCGUGGAGCAACAAACUGAGAAACAACAAGCUGAGGCGACCAGCCAGGAAAAGAGUUGUGUGCUCAAGAUCACCGUCAAGUCCGAUGAGUUGUCGUUGGCACCAGCGUGGAUGGCUUUGUCUGCUUGCCUUGUCGGUCAGAUCAUGCUCGGUCUCCUUUACCUCUAG